GACAAUGAAAGAAGGAAGAAUGAUUCGAAUAUCUAAUCAUUUAAGGAAUAAAUAUGAACAUAUUACUGUGAUGCUUACUAUUGUGAACGGCAACCAACAUGAUAUUCAUGAUGUUUACAAUAAUGUUAAUAAUUUCAAGUAUGAAAAUUUUAAAAAUAUUCAAAAACUUGGAACUAUAUACCCACAUUUUUAUAUAGAUGUACCUUAUAGUAAGCUCAUUAUGGAUUGUUUUCCAAAUUAUAUGACGGUGUUACAAUUUCAUGUGAGAACAAUACCGAUAUCUUCUCGAUGUGAAAAAACUUUCAUGUUUAAUCCUACAAUUUUUACAACAAAGACACUAUCCUCAUCAUCAUCAUCAUCAUCACUACGUAAAAAAAAAAUUCAAUUCAAUUACUAUCGUCAUUCUUUAAUAGAGGACGAGUUCAAAGGUUGUAAGGAAAUUAAAAUCUUUGGCCAUGAUGGAAUUAUUAUCAUUCAUUCUGUUGUAGGAUCUUUGUAUCCCGGAAAACCACCGCGUUCAAAAUUAAUAGAUUACUUGAAGAAGAAGAUGGAAGAAUCAUCACCGGAUCACAAAAGAAUAAAUAAUUUUUUGAAGAAGUUGCAUCAUCAAAAUUUAUAUUACUUGAAGAAGAAGGUAGAAGGAUCAUCACAUGAAUUACCUAAGUUUGUUUUACAGUAUUAAGAAUUUAAAUUAAUUUAUUAUUUCUUCUUUCUGAUCGAUUUUCUUUUUGACCCAGAGUAAAAAAAUAGUUGGGCUCUCUAUUAAUUUAUUUUUUUUAGUUUCAUUUCGUUUCCAUUAGUUCUUUUAUUUCUUAAAUAAAAUGGAAAUUCAAGUAUUAUUAGUUAAUCAUUCACAAAUAGAAUGAAUUAAAAAAAAUU